GUUGCUAGGUUAUUGCCUGUUUUAUUUGGGUUAUUAUUUUUUAAAAUGGCAUUACUUAUUUUCACCAUUAGCUCUGUGACUCAAACCAGGUAGUGAGACAGAUAUUGAAUACCACUAAAGAAGCUUUCUGGAAGUUGGGAUGACGGAGUGAGAUUUUUAUUUAGAAAAUUAGGAAAUGUUUUCAGCUAUGACCGUAGUACAUACAAGUCCUCUGCACUGGAUUUAAAAAGCAUAUUUUAAAAAUGCAUGGAAACCUACAUAAUUUUAAAUCUAAUAAUUCAGAUUUCAUAACAUACACUAUCCUACUUGCCUUCAGGAAGAAUCCUGAAUCCUAUGCAAUUCUGUGAAAAUGGCAUUUAAUAAUUUAACUGGGAAGGCUGUACUGAUUUAUGAUGAUUGGAUUAAAGAUGCCGAUCCACGAGUUGAUGGCUACCUACUCAUGUCUUCACCUUUUCCACAAACAUUUAUUAUUGCAAGUUAUAUAUAUAUUGUCACUAAUCUAGGACCAAAAAUCAUGGAGAAUAGAAAGCCUUUUGAUUUGAGGCAAAUAAUGUUUUUUUAUAACUUUGGCAUAGUGGCUCUUUCAAUUUAUAUGACAUAUGAGUUCCUCAUGUCUGGCUGGGCUACAGGCUACACAUUUCGUUGUGAUAUAGUUGACUAUUCCAGGUCACCUAAGGCUCUCAGAAUGGUUCGUGUCUGCUGGUUGUAUUAUUUUUCCAAAUUCAUUGAGUUGCUAGACACUAUCUUCUUUGUCCUUCGAAAAAAGAAUGCCCAGGUGACAUUCUUACAUGUCUUUCAUCAUUCAAUCAUGCCAUUCACUUGGUGGUUCGGAGUCAAAUUUGCUCCAGGAGGUUUAGGAACAUUCCAUGGUUUGCUCAACUGUAUGGUUCAUGUGAUCAUGUACACCUACUACGGACUUUGUACGCUGGGGCCAGCAUUCCAUAAGCACCUGUGGUGGAAAAAAUAUAUGACAACUAUACAACUGGUGCAGUUCUUGUUGAUUACACUUCAUAUAGGACAAAUCUACCUCACGGGUAGUUGUCAGUACCAGUAUCCUAUUUUCAUGUUCAUCAUUUGGCUCUAUGGAUUCUUGUUUUUAAUCCUGUUUCUACAUUUUUGGUAUAAUGCUUAUACUAAGGGUCAGCGGCUCCCAAAACAUUUGCAAAAUGGCGUUAGAAACAAAAAUGAAUGA